UUUAUUUAUUUACAUACCUAUUUAUUUUAGUCAUAUUUAGUUUAUAUAACUAGUUUAUGCCUAUUUUACAGGAACAAUGUGCAGAAUAUGACCAAGACAGAUUAUACUGUAGCUCAGAGGCUAAUUUGCAUUAAAUAGUCCUUUUGUAUUUCUAGUGUUGACUACAUCUAUUAUCUGUUUUCAUCCUUUAAAGGUGUGUAAUAGACAAUGUUGUAUGUAAAUGCAAAUAGGAUUUUUGCUGUAUUAUUCAUAAAUCCAUUUUGAAACACUGAAGCAACUAAUUCAUUGUUGUAAGAAACAUCUAGAACGCUUUCUUCAUGGUAGUAUUAUUGAUAGACUGAUGUUUGACAAAAAAAAAAAAAAAAAACACAUCCACAUUAAAAAAACCUUUUUCAUGAAGCACCUGAACACAUGAACACAUUGCCAAAGGGCAAUUGUCUUUAGACACACCCCCAAAAAUCGAAUGUUGAAUGACUAUAAGAGGAAGAGCAAGCGCAAGUGAAACUAAUGCAAGGGUGAACCCAUAUACAGGUACGCUGAUGGUUUUAAUAACUGUUAGUGCCUGUCUGAUUGUAAUAUGUUUUCAUUAUAUUAUGCUCACAGUGAAACAACUAGCUGCAUACAGAUAGAGAUAGAUAGAUAGAAACUUUAUGUAUCCCCAGGGAUCAAUCAGUUUACAAAAUUACAAUGUUACUGUGUCAAUUUGACAGUUCAUGACCACCUUUAUUGUCUUGUUUUAUUGCAGCGUAGAUGAACAACUUGAAUGACCCAGACUGGGACAGAGGGCCUGAGCAGGGGGCAGGUGGGAAUAACAGCAAAUGGAAUUAUGUCCCGUUCAUACCCUUGCUGGGCUUUGCUGCUAUUCAAUGGGUAAGGUCUAAACAUGCACAGAAGUUGGAGCAGGAUCUAGAGACGGAACGCAAGACCGUUGCAAUCUUGAAGGCAAAGAAGGAUCAGGAGCAGAUCCUUUGGCAGGAGGUGGAGAAGAAGCUGAUGGAGAGGCAGCACAUCUACUGCAGUUUGACCACGCCCAAGGUGUAUAGGAAGCCAAUAGAGAACGACCUGCUGGACAUGGCGGUUCAUGAGCCAGCCCUCGCCCAACUGAACAUGAAGAAGGAUCUAGAGAAUAUUUUCAUGAAUGACCGCAGCUGCAGGUUACGAGAACGAAGACAAGCGCAUGAACGGGAGUCUGAUGUGGGUCUAUCUGAAGAUCUGGAAAGAAAAGAGUUCUCUGCAGAAACCCAAGACAGCCGAGGGGUCUCAGCUGGGUACACAGCCCACAUGGGCAACUUGAACGACCCAGACAUAAGGCCCGGCCAGGGGACAGGUGGAGAUAACAGAAAAUGGGAAUAUUACGCCUACAUGUUGGUGCCCUGGGCGGUUGUCGCUGCUGUUGACAUAUGGAUUAAAAAGACACAGAUACAGAAGCUGAAGCAAGAUCUAGAGAGUGAACGCAAGUCCGUCAUCAUCUUGAGGGCAAUCGAGAAGAGUCAUCAGGAGCAGACGAUCCGGGACCUUUGGCAGGUGGAGCAGAAGUUGAUUGAUAGGCAAGACAUCUUCUGCAGUCACUUUAAGUCAAGUGGGCAGAGGGAGAAGAUAGAAAACGACCUGCUGUACAUGGCGGCUCACAUGCCGGCCCUCGCCCAACUGGACAUGGAGGAGGAUCUUUAUAACAUCUUCAGAAAUGAUAAAGUCUGCGCAAAUAUUUUUAACAAAAACAAACGCAAUAACGGGAGUAUAAUGUGGAGCCGUCUCGAGCACUGGAGGAAGGUGGCUCCACCGAAACACCAGUGGGCCAAGGCAUCUCUGCUGGGUACACAGCCCACUGAGAAAUAA